AUGCUUCUCUGGCCCGAGUCCAUUAUUAAAAAAUACGCUUCUGCUUUAAAAUCACUGAUCGAAAUUGGUAUUUCAGCUCGUUCUCAAGAAGUUCGUACCAUCUUUCGAGCCGUUCUCGAGGUUGCUUCCACCACCUAUCGUGCUUAUUUCGGAGACAAAAUCGGCUCUGUUUCGCCCAUGCCGCGCCGAACCAUGACGCCCUCCUACUCUUCUUUGUCUGCACCCCUCAGUAGUUCCACUGCCAUCAAGCCCAUGCCGGUCAAUCGUCGUGUCCAGAGUACCCCGCGGGGAGCCAACGCCGCUGCCCAAAAAACGGGAAUUACCCCGCGAACCGUCGACUCCGCCUACGGCUCGCGCCUCUCCUCCGUUGUGUCCGCGCCUUCCCCCGUUUCUAAAGCCGUCUCCUCCCGGAUUCCCGCGGGAACCGGUCCCUACACCGUGAGCAAAACCUCGCGAUUUUCCAGUGCCGCGGGGUCGGUGGGGUCGCCGACGGGUCCGAGCAGCGCGAGCGGCGCGAACAGCGCGAGCGGUCCGCGCCGCGUGCAGUCGCUGGCGGGGACGCCGCAGCGGUCGAUGCGGUCGGACAGCGACGCGGUGAGCCGGCUGGACCGCGAGCUGGAAGCGUACACGGUGGACAUGCACUCCAAAUACAAGUGCUACGCGUCAGUGUUCGUGCUGGGCGCGGACGGACGCCAUCACCCCGCCACCAUCAACCAGAUCAUGCGGACCCGCGGGAGCAAGCGGCUCUUCUACGGAGUCACGUUUUCGGACGGGUAUCGACCCGCGACGGCGAGCUUCUACGUGGUAGGAUUCCCGCGGGAGUGCGAGGUAGACGCGGUAUGGCGGGCCGAACGAUCAUGA